AGCCCGGCCCACCAAAAAGACAUAGCAGGAAAUGCUUGCCUCUGCUUAAAAAGGGGACAGAGGACAUAAAAGGAGCAACAGUGUUAUGGAAAUUGGUCAUUAGUAAGCAAACUAUUCACAAAAGUCUGAAUUUACCACACCCGAGAUUAAAUAGACAAAAUGAAACAAAUCUCUUUUUAAAGCAUAUUCACUCACUGAAUUGACAGAUUUAGCGCCAACUGUCAUUCGCCAAGUCACUAGUACAGCACGGACAGGACAGAACAUUAACACAGACAUUUAUUUAUAAUGGGGUCGAGAGCUUCAACGUUGCUGCGAGAUGAAGAAAUUGAAGAGAUUAAAAAGGAAACCGGCUUUUCCCACAGUCAGAUAACACGACUAUACAGCCGAUUUACCAGCCUGGACAAAGGAGAAAAUGGGACACUAUGCCGUGAAGAUUUCCAAAGAAUACCAGAACUUGCUAUUAACCCUUUGGGAGACAGAAUAAUCAACGCUUUCUUUCCAGAAGGAGAGGACCAGGUGAACUUCCGUGGGUUCAUGCGGACGUUGGCACAUUUCCGCCCUAUAGAUGACCAUGAGAAGAACAAAGACCCCAAUGUUUCUGAACCACUAAACAGCAGAAACAACAAGCUGCUUUUUGCUUUCCGUCUUUACGAUCUGGACAAGGAUGACAAGAUUUCACGGGAUGAGCUCUUGCAGGUCUUGCGCAUGAUGGUUGGUGUUAACAUCUCUGAUGAUCAGUUGGGCAGCAUUGCUGACAGGACCAUUCAGGAGGCAGAUCAGGAUGGCGACAGUUGCAUUUCCUUCACUGAGUUCAUAAAGGUUUUAGAAAAGGUGGAUGUAGAGCAGAAAAUGAGCAUCCGAUUCCUUCACUAAAAGAAGAUGUCUGCAUUUAGCUGAGGAGUUGCAUCACAUCAUCUUGUAAAUAACACGGGCUUUGCAUCUGGUGUGUGCAUCAUACACGUUAACAGACCCAAGAAAAGAAUAAAUGCAAUAUCUUUUUUUUUUCUUUUUUUUUUUUAAUGUAAGUGGACUUUCAACCUUGCGCUGCUCCAUGUGUAACAAAGGAAGGUUGUGUGCCUUGGAACGUAAACAGUUGGGGGGAGGGGGGGGGGGGCUUGUUUGUGUGAGGAAAGGUUCCUAUUAAGCACUUCUUGCUAGCCCUAAAAAAUAUUGCCACAAAAAAUUGGAAGCAAUUGUAUGGGUGCCCUCCUUACCCAUCAGCUUGUCCUCUUUUUGAUGUUUUGACAGUUUUCUUAUAGCAGUGCUUUUUGUAUGGUUUAAUUUUCCAUAAUUUGGAAGUUUAAAUCUUAAAACUGUCCCGUGGGGUUCCAACUGCUUGAACAGUACAUUAUAUGAAAAAAAAAAAAACACCAAGCAAACUGUCUCCUAAGCUCAUGUGCUACUAACG